UUUCAUUCUUACGUAAUUAUUAUGAAUGAAUGAACAUUUCAUUAUGCAAUCAAUAAUAGUGUAGUGUUUGGAGCGUGUGGUCACUCUAGUCUAGUCUACUCUAUAAACACCUAACAUAACAGACACGUGACAUAUAGUGACCACAAUUAUGACCGCAUUUCAUAACCACUGACUCAACGGUUACCGCAUAUUAUGGCCGAUAAUAACACCGAAGAACUAUUGGAAGCGUCUCUCAAACAAUACAGAGAAGAGUUAUCACUGGUUCAGACAUCACUCGAUUGCGACCAAACAAACGGCGAUUUGAUUGAAUUGAGAGACAAAUACAUUGAGAUCAUUGCUUUGACCGAAGUUGAAUUAAUUGGUGUUAAAAAAGCGCGACUAUUGGCUGAACUCGAGGCGCAAACAAGUGGUCAUAAUAGCGAUGAUGUGUCCAAUGGUGACGAACCAAAGCCAUCCACUUCUGACGCCAAGACAUGUUUGUCCGCUAAUGAGAUAAAUAUAGGCAACGAUUUAUCACUAAAUGAAUCGUUAAGUGAAUUAAAUGGUAAGGAAUGCAGAGUUCCGUUGAGCGAAGCGAACGGUUCCGUUCGUUAUCACAACGCAAUCAUUAUGACCAUCGAUGGCGACGACGACACGCCUAACGCCACAGAUAUAAGUGAUACUAAAGUGAGAGUUUUCUUCACGUAUCCGUUGAACAAUCGGAUGCUUUCGUGUCCGCACUAUCUGUCGGCGAAGUGUCGCUUCGCUGCCGACAAAUGCCGAUAUUCUCACGGAAUGGAAGUGCUAUUCAAAGACAUUAAACCCUACGAAGCCAUCGAUUACUCCACUUUCGGUCGCGAUUCCGUGUGUUUGGCCAAAAACAAAGACGACUCUCUUUGGCACAAAGCCAUUGUCGAUGACAUUCGCGCCGAUCAGACAAUUGUUGUCAAAUACUGUGAUAACGACUUUAUCGAUACCACGAGUAUCGAAGACAUUGUGCCACUCAGUGGUGAUUGUCUGGAGGAGACAAAUGACGACCAAUUAAAUGGCAAUAGUCUUAACGAUUGUUACGACGACGACAUGAGAGUCCAAGUGUUUAAGUCUUCGUCAGCGAUGGCCGAAUGGGAAGUGCAUACGAAAGGCAUCGGUUCUAAACUGAUGGCCAAAAUGGGUUACGUUUUUGGACAGGGAUUGGGACGCAAUGGUGAGGGCAUUACGGAACCGAUCGUUCGCAAACAGAAAGGCUGGCCUUUUAGAGACCUGUUUACUGUCUUUGAUUUUAUCAAUAAUAAAGUAUUCGCCAAACAAAGUGACAAUUCAUCGCAUUCUUUGACGUCCGGCCACUCGAAGCCCAUAUCAACGGCUGAACUGAAGGCAUCGACCGCUCAAUCGCUGAACAUAUCUUCGUUUAAGAUAUCGGAAGACAUUAGAAAAGCGGAGUCAGAGUUACGACGACUUCGGGAUUCGAUGUCGAGGAAUAAGAGUCGCGAUCCUGUGAUGUGUAAUCAAUUGCAACAAAAAGUGGACAAACAGUUGGAAGUGAUCGCCGGUCUUAAGCGCAAAGAGUCGCUCAUUCAUAGAGAACAGAGCUCGAGUGCUGAUAAUAUGUGCCAUAAAUUACAUAAAGGGAAAGCGUUUGUCUUUCCGACCGGAAAAUCUCUGGACAAAUGCAUUGAAUUGCGGGACAAAUACUUAACCGAUGACGGAGUGAAAGCGCGGAUCAAAUUAAAGCAAAAAGCGCUGCAGAAGAGAAUUAUCGAUGGAUAUACUAAUGUGAAACGCCGUGAAAACAGUGUCUUUGAUUUUAUCAAUAAUAAAGUAUUUGCCAAACAAAGUAACAAUUCAUCGCAUCCUUCGACGUCCGGCCACUCGAAGCCCAUAUCAACGGCUGAACUGAAGGCAUCGACCCCUCAAUCGUUAAACAUCUCUUCGUUUAAGAUAUCGGAAGACAUUCGAAAAGCGGAGUCAGAGUUACGACGACUUCGGGACUCGAUGUCGAGGAAUAAGAGUCGCGAUCCUGUGAUGUGUAAUCAAUUGCAACAAAAAGUGGACAAACAGUUGGAAGUGAUCGCCGGUCUUAAGCGCAAAGAGUCGCUCAUUCAUAGGGAACAGAGCUCGAGGUCUAACAAACAUAAAUUGAGUGUUUUUUGA